GCAGCGCCGGGACCCCGCGGGGGACACUGCAGCCGGAGCCCGGGAGGGGCCGCGCCGCCACCGUCUCAACUAGGAUGUCCCGACAUGAAGGUGUCAGCUGUGAUGCAUGUUUAAAAGGAAAUUUUCGAGGUCGCAGAUACAAGUGUUUAAUUUGCUACGAUUACGAUCUUUGUGCAUCUUGUUAUGAAAGUGGUGCAACGACAACAAGGCAUACAACUGACCACCCAAUGCAGUGCAUAUUAACAAGGGUAGAUUUUGAUUUGUACUAUGGUGGGGAAGCUUUCUCUGUAGAGCAACCGCAGUCUUUUACUUGUCCCUAUUGUGGAAAAAUGGGCUAUACGGAGACAUCUCUUCAAGAACAUGUUACUUCUGAACAUGCAGAAACAUCAACAGAAGUGAUUUGUCCAAUAUGUGCAGCGUUACCUGGAGGCGAUCCUAAUCAUGUCACAGAUGACUUUGCAGCUCAUCUGACACUUGAACACAGAGCCCCUAGAGAUUUAGAUGAAUCGAGUGGUGUUCGACAUGUACGUAGAAUGUUUCACCCUGGCCGGGGAUUAGGAGGUCCUCGUGCUCGUAGAUCAAACAUGCACUUUACUAGCAGUUCUACUGGUGGACUUUCUUCUUCUCAGAGUUCAUAUUCUCCAAGCAAUAGGGAAGCCAUGGAUCCUAUAGCUGAGCUUUUAUCUCAGUUAUCAGGAGUGAGACGGUCUGCAGGAGGACAGCUUAAUUCUUCUGGCCCUUCCGCUUCUCAGUUACAGCAACUGCAGAUGCAGCUGCAGCUUGAACGGCAGCAUGCCCAGGCAGCCCGGCAACAACUGGAGACCGCACGCAACGCCACGCGGCGUCCUAACACGAGCAGUGUCACCACUACAGUCACACAGUCCACAGCCACAAGCAACACAGCCAAUACAGAAAGCAGCCAGCAAACUCUACAGAAUUCCCAGUUUCUUUUAACAAGGUUGAAUGAUCCUAAAAUGUCUGAAACGGAGCGCCAGUCCAUGGAGAGCGAGCGUGCAGAUCGCAGCCUGUUUGUGCAAGAGCUCCUCCUGUCCACUCUAGUGCGCGAAGAGAGCUCGUCCUCAGAUGAGGAUGAACGGGGGGAGAUGGCAGAUUUUGGUGCUAUGGGCUGUGUAGAUAUUAUGCCUUUAGAUGUUGCUUUAGAAAAUCUAAAUUUAAAAGAGAGUAAUAAAGGAAAUGAGCCUCCACCACCUCCUCUUUGAUGACAUCCCAAUCCGCAGACGAUGUCCUCUGUGCUGUAUUUGCCAAUGAAAGUGGACAACAACUAUCUUGGGUUUGUUUGGUGAUUGUAAUUUCAGGUCUGUCACUCUUGUUACAUUGUGUACAUUCAAAAGGAAGAGAGAAAAUAUAUAUGAUAAUCAUUUCCACUUAACUAAUUUUUACUUCUAGCAGGUAAAUGUAGGUAGCAGUGCAGGGGUGACCUCUGCUUCCUGUACCUUGACAUGCAAAAGGCUCUCCUAAUACUCCACAUUCAAACUGAAGAGGAAAAUUGAAAUCUCUAAUGAAGCUGCUGUGUGUAUUUAUGAAUAUUAAUGAAUAAAAACUGCUUGGAUGGUUUACCUUAACUACUGCAUGAGGUUUUUUGCAGCGUGCAUGAGUUUUAGUGACCUUGUUAUUUAAAAAAUUAAAUACAAGGAGUAAAACUUAAAAAAUAAAUAAAUAAAAAGCCCAAAGCUUUCCCAAACAUUAUUCAAUGGUUACACGAUAGAGUAGCUUUUGAAUAAUGUCUGCCUGAAUCACCUUUCUUUGUGUGCCUCCUAUAUGCACAAGGCCAGCUCUGCAGUGGAAUCUGGGGGUCGUAGCCAGGUCUGGCGCUCUGCCCUGUGUGACUGUCCUGUCGCCGUGUUCGUCAUCGGGCCCGUGUGGAGCUCGGCCUGUCUGAGUCCUCCGUGGAAGACAUACCAGUACAGCCACCAUCAGAAUCUGCUGCAGGGGCCUUUGUGUGCCCUGAAAACAAAUCCUGUUCAUGUUUGUUUAAAGUUUUUAUUUUUUGUGGUUGUUUAAAAUUUUCCAAUUGUUAAAAUAUGUUUUAUUCGGGUGUAGAUGAAUUUCAUUUAUUCACUGUUCAACAAAGUUAACCUGAAUUAUGUUGUCUUUGUUUUUAAAAAUCUCACAUUCUCAAUCGUACCUUGCGUUAUGUAUCUGCUUUGUAGUGUGCUGAGACAGGACAGCAUCACGGAGCGCUGAGGGUUUGCCUUCCCACAUCUUGUCAUGGUAUUACAACCAAGUUCUUACUGCUAACCUUAGCACCUUUUAUUUAUUGGGAUUUUUUUUUUCCUGGCAUAAAAAGAAAAGCCUUUUAAAAAAAAUUGAAUCAUGCCACCUUGCCUAUAUUAAUCCUAUGUGUUUAAAAAAAAACAAAAUGUACAGCUUUUGGUUUUGUUUUGGGUUUGGAGGGGCUGGGUUGUUUUUUAUGUUCUGUUUUCCGUUUUUGUGCAUAGGCUUUCACGGUAGCUCCGAGGCAGGACAGCAGGUGUCUGGGUUGGGGGGGCAGUUUUUGGAAUGUAAAUUUAGGACUUUAAAAAAAAAAAAAGGUGCGCACAGCUUCUGAUAAAUUUAUAACUAGACUUAAUCUAAUCAUGUCUUGUUCCCGUUCUCUCUUCUCUGAGUCCCCCCCUUCCUUGGCUGUCUGUCCUUCCGUUUCCUCCACACGACAAGCAUACAGACUUGAACAUCCCUUGGGUGUUCUUUCGAGAACUGUGAAAUCCAUGUUCAUCCAAAUGGAACCAAAAAAGAAGUCACCCUACAUCUCUCAGAAAUUGUUGCUUCUCUGAAACCCCCCGUGGUUUCCACAUAGAACAGCUGUGUUCUCCGUUUCUGGAAUGGGCAAUGCUUUCGAGGCAGAUUCCCCAGGCUUCUGGUCACACUAGGAGUCGGGGCUGGCGAGGAUCUCUUUUUUCCAAUUGAUUGUUGAGAAGUUUCAAAACCCAUUUUUCAAACUGUGGUCUUUACAAACGCAUCUUCUGCACAUAAGUCACACAUUUCAAUAAAGCAUUUUCAAGACUGUU